GCUGAAGGACAUGGAUGCUCUCUGAUUUGCUUUGCUCCUGAAGUGGAGGAGUCAGGGGAGGAAGAGUUGCUAACACCUCUCCCAGAUCUGCCCAGCUCCUUGUGGCACAGCCUGACUUGAGCAACACUGAUUUGGGGAGCGCCUUGGUCUCUUUUGGACUGCCUAAGCGUGUGGACUAUAGGAGCACUGAUGCCACUGGAAGGUAUCAGAGUGUGUAAGUAGCAGAGCGUCCCUGGUGUGCGACUGAGAGAGACACCAUGAUGUUCCUCCAUGUUUCCAUGUGAUAUCUAUCGGAUGGUCAGCGCUGCAGUCUAGUUCUCCGGAUAUUGUGAGGAAAGUCGGCGAUUCUCUGAUUCUGAAGACGUUUUCUCCAUCGAGGGCCUGGAAGAAAUCACCUAGUAACAGCUUAGUGAAAACUGGACAAAUACACGCCAUGGCUGAGAGGAAACUCGCUUCUCAAUGUGUGCCGUGACAGAAUGGUGGACUGUAUGAGUCGAGUCAUGCUGCACAGCGCCCUCUCGUGCUGGCACCCGCUCCUGGGUGUGGCGCUGGUGGUGGUCUUUGCGGGCUCCGCCCUGGGCUGCCCGGCCCGCUGCGACUGCUCGGCCCAGAGCCGCUCGGUGCUGUGCCACCGCAAGCGCCUGACGGCCAUCCCCGACGGCAUCCCCAUCGAGACGCGCGUGCUGGACCUCAGCAAGAACCGCAUCCACGCCAUCAACCCGGACGACUUCGCCGCCUACCCGCAGCUGGAGGAGCUGGACCUGAGCGGCAACAACAUCAUCUACGUAGAGCCGGGCGCGUUCAACAUGCUCUUCAACAUGCACUCGCUCAGCCUCAAGAGCAACCGCAUCAAGCUGCUCUCGCAGGGCGUCUUCACAGGCAUGACCAACCUGACCGUGCUGGACAUCAGCGACAACAAGAUCGUCAUCCUGCUCGACUACAUGUUCCAGGACCUUCGCAACCUGCGCUCGCUGGAGGUGGGCGAUAAUGACCUGGUCUACAUCUCACACUGGGCCUUCAGCGGCCUGCUGGGGCUGGAGUCACUGACGCUGGAGCGCUGCAAUCUCACGGAGGUCCCCAAGGAGGCGCUGUCCCACCUGCAUGGCCUGAUCAGCCUGCGCAUGCGCUACUUGAACAUCGGUGCGCUGAAGGAGAACUCCUUCCGGAAGCUUCACCGGCUGCAGCACCUGGAGAUCGACCACUGGCCCUCGCUGGACACCUUCCCGGCCAGCGCUCUGCACGGGCUGAACCUGAGCACUCUGUCCAUCACCAACACCAACCUGACAGCGCUGCCAGCUCGCGCGCUGAGCCACCUGACGCACCUGACGCACCUGAAUCUGUCUUUCAGCCCCAUACGGCACAUCGGCGAGGCCAUGCUGCAGGGUCUGGUGCGGCUGGAGGUGCUGCACCUGGCCGGGGCGCACCUGAGCGCCAUCGCGCGGCACGCCUUCCACGGCCUGUCCCACCUGCGCCUGCUGAACGUCUCGCACAACCGGCUGGACACGCUGGAGAUCGGCGUCUUCCAGUCGCCCGAGGCGCUGCGCGUGCUCCAGAUCGACCACAACCCGCUGGUGUGCGACUGCCGCCUGAUGUGGCUGCUGCAGAAGCCGCACACGCUGUCGUUCGGCGAGGCGCAGCCCGAGUGCGUCCCUGCAGAGGGCGCCCCCCGCGGCCGGCCCUACAAGGUCAGAGAGGCGCUGCACUCCAACCACGUCACCUGCGUCAAGCCCGAGAUCGACGAGAACAAGACCCAGAUGGUGUCGGUGGACGAGGGUCAGCGCGCGCUGCUGCACUGCAGUGCCCGGGGCAAGCCCAACCCGGUGGUGUCAUGGCUGACCCCGCGCCGCCAGCACCUGACCCGCAGCCGCGGCCGCGCCACGCUCCACGACAACGGCACCCUGGAGAUCCGGCCGGCCGAGGCGCAGGACGGCGGCGUGUACAUGUGCGUGGCCUCCAACACGGCGGGCAACGACUCGGUCAGGGUUUCGCUGGCGGUGAAAAACCUGGGCUCGCUCUAUGCCAACAGGACCCAGUUCUAUACCGACGCAGCCAACGCCACCGCCAACGGAACCUUGCCGUCCAACAUGACCUUUGGCCUGGACCUAAAGACCAUCCUGGUUUCCACGGCGAUGGGCUGUUUCACGUUCCUAGGCGUGGUUUUGUUCUGCUUUCUCCUGCUGUUUGUCUGGAGCCGGGGCAAAGGCAAGCAUAAAAACAACAUUGAUAUCGAGUACGUGCCCCGCUCCAAGUCCAACGGGGGCUCCACAGAUGGCACGGAUCAAGGUGCAGGCCCACGCCGUUUCAACAUGAAGAUGAUCUGACACUGAGUCGACAUGGAAUAACAGGAAUUACCAAUUUAGGAAUUAUGCAGUUGUGGAAUUGUUUUUCUUUGUUGAAUUUUUUGGUUUAUAUUUGAGCAUUUUGGGGGGGAACAAAAGGGGACCCCUGGAGAAAUCAACUGCCACACAGGCAUUCACGAUGAUCUCCAAACUUUUUCAAGUCGUGGAUGUUCAGUUUAAUGUCCUCAGCAUAUUCCUGAUGCACUGGCUGAGGGAAAGGAAAUAGACUAUAACUACAAGGAGACAGCCACAGCAUAUUUGAAAAUGAAUAGAGGAUACAGUUACAGUUUCACACUUUGUACACCCACCAGAAAUCCACAAUGGUUGAGCUCAAGGACGUGGCCGAAUCAUGUACAGAGGAUCUUUGUAAUUAAAAGUAUUACUGUUAUUUGUUGUGGCCCGCGCCAUGCUUCCUCACCGCAGUGGAACGUUGGCUCCUAGUAUGUUCUCCUCCUUUCAUGCUCUUGCAUAUAUGUACGUAAUGACCUAUUAUGUAUAUGUAUGUAAACACUUGUACGAACACACUUUCUUGUUUAUAUUUUUGUUUUGUUAUUUACUCUUGCAACACCCAUGGGACACAAUAUCAGCCAAUACUUACUGUUGCCCAUCCCUCUAAUCAAUGAUCAAGCCAAUAUUGUACAUCGGAAUCUGUUCAAAGCAAAGAGAAAGGGCUUUAAUGGUGUGUGCAAGGAUCUGUUAGAAGGAGUGUGUAAGGUUCCUAAAUUCCCGCCCUGCUCAAAGUCCCCACCCCCACCUCAAGAAUACUAUUUUUAGUUGGUGUCAUGAAAAUAUGAAGAUAAUUUAUUUAUCAAAUGCUUUGAGGUUUAAAGUGAACAAAACAAUGAUGAAUACUCUGAAAUUGUUUAAGAAUAGAGCAUACUUUUUAAUGAUAUUGCUGAUAUCAUGUUGUUUGAAAAAAGCUGCACAUGGAUCACUUCAUCAUCUUGUAUAUUUUGUUUUAACCCUUUGCCCUUAACAUAUUCCCGGUGUCAAACUGACUGUCUUCAUCUCUGGAGUGAAAUUGACAUCACUUUUUUUCCCAAAAAUGAAAUUUGGACUUUGUUGUGUAGUAGUUUCUCAUUUUGUUGUUGAAUCAUUUAGAUUGUGACCAGUUCAAAGUAAAAGAAAAAAAAUAAUAAGAUGUAUGUGAAAUAAAGAAUAUUAAUUUGUA